UUUAUUUACACACACAUCUUUAUAAACGCCAUAGCCCUAACUUACCGCUCUGUGUAGUGACUAGAGUAGAUAGAGUUAUCUCAUCUAGGGUUUAUAGUUUGGAGAAUUUAGAACGCAACAAGGAGUGUUUUUAUUUUAAUUUUAUUGUUAGCGCUAUUGUUGGUUUAGGGAUUUUGGAAUUCUUGGGUCGUCUUUUGUAAUGGCUAGAUUGAUUAUUCCUUGUCGAAGUUCAUCUCUGGCGAGGUUCAAUCUUCUGGGUUUGCUCUCUCAUGCUCCUGUUCCUGUUAGAAGCAGUUGUCUUCGUAGUUCAGCAAAGAGGCUUACUCAAUUCAGACCGUUUCUUACUUCCGAGGCCAUUUGUUUGAGGAAGAAUCGGUUUCUACCUCAUUCCGUUGAUAGACCGAAGCAAAACAGCAGGAGGUUGAUUUGUUCUGUUGCUACCGAAUCAGUUCCGGAUAAAGCUGAAGAAUCCAAAAUGGAUGCACCAAAAGAAAUAUUUCUCAAGGAUUACACUAAGCCUGAUUACUACUUUGAAACUGUGGAUCUGACCUUCUCUCUAGGUGAAGAUAAAACAAUUGUUAGCUCUAAAAUCAAGGUUUCCCCUCGAGUUAAAGGAUCUUCCGCUGCAUUGGUCUUGGAUGGACAUGACUUGAAGCUACUUUCAGUCAAGAUUGAGGGGAAACUUCUAAAGGAAGGGGAUUACCAGUUGGACUCUCGUCAUCUCACUCUUCCUUCGCUUCCAGCUGAGGAGUCCUUUGUUUUGGAAAUUGAUACUGAGAUAUACCCCCACAAGAAUACUUCACUUGAAGGGCUUUACAAGUCUUCUGGGAAUUUUUGCACACAGUGCGAAGCAGAAGGUUUCCGCAAAAUUACAUUUUACCAGGAUCGCCCUGAUAUAAUGGCAAAGUACACUUGUCGUGUGGAAGCUGACAAGACACUUUAUCCUGUGUUACUGUCCAAUGGAAACCUCGUUUCUCAAGGAGAGAUAGAGGGUGGACGGCACUAUGCCUUAUGGGAGGAUCCAUUCAAGAAACCGUGCUAUCUAUUUGCUUUGAUUUUUAAUUCCAAGCUUGUCUUAGCAUCUCCAGAAACUGCAACAGAUGCAGAUUACGCUGCUAUUUUGGGUGUUAUUGGUCAUGAGUACUUUCACAAUUGGACAGGGAACAGGUUAGCCUCAUCUCUCAUUCCCUUUGCUACAAUUGAUUAA